AUGUCCUGUCCCCGACAGGACUUGCUACGAGCUGACUCGCUACAGUACUCGGUGUUCCCUGUGUAUGGCUACGAUGACAUCACCGCACAUGCCAACAAGGCUGCGGCUGGUAACCAGGCGUACACAGCAGUGUUCCUCAACUGCGGGGCGACGGAGGACCUGUGUGGGCUGCUGGGCGUGGGCCCAUCUGUGUCGCUCUUUGUGCUGGACUGCCAUCGCCCCGUGCACCUCACCAACGCCGCUCUGCACAACACCAAGCCGCAUAGCAGCCUGGGCGUAGGCCCGUCUGUGUUGCUCUUUGUGCUGGACUGCCAUCGCCCCGUGCACCUCACCAACGCCGCUCUGCACAACACCAAGGUGCCAUGGGGGAUGCGGCCCAUUCCCCCUCCCCCCUCAUACCCAGCUGGUGCUAGCCCAGUCGCCAGAGAGCAAGCGAGAGAACCCCUUCUUAUCCCCUUCUCCCCCACCCCCUCUCUUCCCCCUCCCACCCCCAAUUUUCCUACCCUCUUCCCAAACAUCCUGCCUAUUGCGCCGCCACCUCCCUCCCCCACCUCCCUUUCUCUCCCCCCCCUCCCCUUUCUCUCCCCCCGUUGCUGCCAGGUGGUGCUAGCGCAGUCUCCAGAGAGCGAACCAGAGGACCCCUUUUCCCUUUCUUCCACCCCCAUCUUCCUACCCCCUCCCUUCCACAUCCCACCCCAUUCCCUGCCACCUCCCUUCGCUCCUCCCCCCCGUCAUCCCCAGGUGGUGCUAGCACAGUCUCCGGAGAGCGAGCCAGAGGACCCCUUCUUAUCCCCUUCUCUUCCCCCCCACCUUUCCCCUCCGCCUCCUUCAUCCCAGCCGUCGGGGUGUGUGGUGUUUGAGAUGGCGCAUGGCAUGCGCCGAGACACCAGUGAACACCUCUGGCUUGCGUGUGUGUCCAUCACGGACCAGUUCGUGCACUCUCGUCUUGCCCCCGAGCACUACACUGCUGGCUGCCUCGACCUGGAGGAGAAGGUGACGACAGCAGCGGCCAUGGAGGCGCCACGGACUGCAGUGAUGGAGGAUGGCGUGUCUGUCAAGCUACCGGACAUGGGCCGAAUACAGUUCCAACACGAGCUGCGGCUCAUGUGUCUGCCGCGCUGGAACCUCUUUGACUCGCUGCUCUACUCCUCCUAUCCCGCCACCAAGCUCAAGACCUGGACGGAACCCGGGCUCAGGCGCCUGCGCCUGCUGCUGGGCCAGCUCGGCAUCCCGCACGCGCAGGCCAAGCAGCGCUACCCCUUCAUGCCCGCUGCCACUCGCAGUCGCCUAAAGGACGACGUGCAGCGCUUUGGUCCGAGCCACGGGCUGUCGGACAUGUGCUACCGCGCGUUCCACCGAUACAACGGAUACAAGUUCCACGUGUCGGCAUCAGACGUGGUGUAUGGCAUCACAGCGCUGCUGGAGAGCCACUCGCCGGCACCCACAGGGCUUGCACCCGGGGACAAUGGCGCCGCACACGCUCACACCAACGACUCCUUCUGGACUGCUCUCUCCGCCCUGCAUUUACGCGGGUGGAAGCAGCUGGAGGAGGGCAUGGAUCUGGCCAUCCGCAUGCAGGCAGCGCUGGUCCGCCAGGGCAGCCUUGCCAUCGCCAAGAAGGGCGCCAUCCGCAGCACGUGUGGGAGGCACCGGUUCCGCUACAUGUUGCUGGACGACCACAGCGACGCACGCCUCAUUGCGCACCCCCUCGCGCUCACGCGCCUGCUGCUCUUCCUCAUGGACGCACUCAAGGAGCAAGGCGAGCGGCCGCGCCCCAUGGUGGUUGCGGCAUCACUGCCAUCAUCCCCAUCAGCACUCAUCGUGGGACUGUCGCACAAACCAAGGCUCGGCCAACUCAUGGGCAA